CUGAACCAACCCAAACCACUCCGCUCUGCAGCGCCACAAUAUUACCGAACCGGAAAGGGAUUUUGUCCAAACUGAAACUAGUGAAUCAUGAAGAGUCAGCGGGGUCAUCGCAGAAAAUCUUGGGGCGCAAGAUGUGGAAGGAGGAGAAGAAGUAGAAGAAGAAACAACUCCGGGUCACGUGAUUGGGUCGAGCAUCUUUUUUUGGUCCAUUUUGGAUGAUAGCAAGAGCUCCGUGCAACCCAAGAAAAUGACCAAACUGCAGUUUUUAAACGUCUUUUUGACUGAGCGGCUCAUGCUUGCUGCGCAGGAGAUCUACAAAUCUGUCGAGGACACGAUUUUAGAGUACCAGGAGGAGAUAGCGAUCCGGGAGCGGGAGAACGACCAUCUGAGACGCAGGCUGCGAGACGCUGGAAUUGAAAUAUGGCCAGGUUAGCUCCGCUGAAAGCUAACGAUCGUCCGUCUAUGGCACUGCUGGACGAGGAGGAUGGUGAGCAUCCACGCCGCGAGUGGAGUCCUAGCAUGGGGCACGAAGAGCGUAUCCCUAUUCAGAUUAAGGAUAAAAGAGAUCUCCGGACCAACCAAGGAGAUGAUCAGCUUCGGGGCCACGGCUCUUGCAGCACACCAGAGAACAUGUUCACUCCCCCGCGUGUUGGAAAUGAAUAUCCCCAGGAAGCCCCCCACACAUCCAACCUCCCGCAGAGUCAAGGUGUGGAGAACAGGGAGCGGGACCCUGGAUCUCGAGGCUCUUCGAGGCAUGUGAAAGUAGAAAGUGCAGGAGGCCACAGAGGCUCUUCUUCCUCUAACAGUGGCGCCCAGCCCCUCGCGCCAGUCAACCCUAACUGCUCAAAUGAGAACAACAUUGACAUUAUUGGGGUGGAGAAUGGAGGACAGAUGGUUGGUGCUAAGGGUACGGGAACUGGAGCUAACAGAGGACAGCAGGCCUCUCAUAUGCGCAACCAAGGAGCCAAUGCCGUAGACUGCCCCCAUCAAAAAUCCCCCCUACAAGGACACAUGUCGUCCUUUUGCUGCAAGGUUUGUGGCGAGGCAUUCAGUCAUGUUGGCCACCUGCAUGUGCACGUACAAGUGCACACGCGAGAAAAACCUUACCGCUGUGGAGUAUGCGGGAAAUGCUGCAGCUCCUCCGGCAGACUCCAGGAGCACCAGCGUAGCCACACAGGAGAAAAACCAUUCCGCUGCCAGAUUUGUGGAAAGGGCUUCACACAGAUGGCUCACCUGAAGGUACACAUGAGGAUCCAUACUGGGGAGAAGCCAUACAGUUGCCCUGUGUGUGGCAAAUGCUUCAGCCGUUCUGACAAAAUCAAAAGGCAUCUCCAGACCCAUAGCCGCGAGGGAACGUAUUUCUCAGGGCAAUGAUGCAAGUAUGUUGUUAAACAACCCAGUUUGUGAAUUAUAUUGAUGUGGGGAACUUUCCUACAAAAAGCUAAAAUUGCUGCCAUUAGGACAAGGCUUUUUUUCUACUUUCCAAGAACUAGGGAUUCUGCAACUCUUAGAGAAAGUUUCUUAUCUAACCUAAUACUUCUCCACGCCAUAGUCCCUCAAUAGAAUUUGUAUUAGCCAGUUUAGUAUGUCAUUUACUUAAUUUUGUAUUUGUCACUGAGUAUUAAACCUCUAAGACACAAUUUGAGUUAUUAGCUAGCCUUUCUGAAUUAUCUAGCCUUUCCUUAGUCAUAUAAUUAGCAUGAUGAAGUCUUCCACACAUGCCUUGAAACUGAGAUGCAUUAAGAAAUGCAACAAUGUGCAGCACGGUCACAGAUCAUCAUCAAUUCAUAUACAUAACUUGAGUUUUAAAAUGUACAGACUUGACAUCUGUCUCGUAAUAACUAUUUAAGGACCUAACAUGAAGAGUCAGUGUUUGCAUUACAGUGAUCUCCAUUUGGUUAAUUAACUAGAGAAUUGACAGCCUGACCAAUUAAGUCUGUGCAUCAUCUGUCUUCUAACACUGCCAGUAGUUGAUUUGUUCUAAUGUAGCAAUUUAAAAAGUGACACAAAUCAACCGAAAUGCCCCCGUAAGCUGUGGUCUUGAAAGGAUACAUUUUGAUUUGGCACUUCUCUCCACUUUAGUCAUUUUAACUUCAUUUUUCUUCUGAGUGCUGUUACAUUGUUGCAAAGCUAAAUACUGCCAUCUCACAUCGUCAGUGCUUCAUGUUGUCCAUUGAGAUAUGGACAGAUCUAUUGUGAAACUGCUCCACUAUUUUGUGAAAUAAUGUGAUAUUCUGUAAAAUACCACUAGUCUCGAUCUGCCAUGCAUUUAGGAAUUUUGUGGUGUCUUCUUUUUUAAUGACAUGCACUAUGGCAUCUGUGUAAGACGAUGCAAAAAAUUCACUCUAUAAUAGGGCCAUACAGUAUUAUCUGAAUCGUUUUUCAGGGGUCUCAGUCUGCAAAGAUUUACGUUCACCCAUGUUUCCACUACAAUAGUCCUUCACAUGUGAGCUACUUCAGGGGUGGCCUCAGUUGUGGUUUAUCAUAGAAUCAGGUUCUUCCGCUGCCCAUCUUGGACUGACACCCUGAACAGUAGACCCUACAGUUACCGUUCUCCUCUCAGGACUAAUGCUGCAUUCAUAACAUGAGGGCAUACCAGAAAUACUAAUGUCUGACUUGAAACAGCCAUUAUAAAAGUCAGAAUCUCAGGGUUCGUGAGUUUUCCCGUGGGGUUUGACCCUGCUUGUUGCAGGAAUAAACAAUUGAAAACAUGGAAAAAUAAACAAUUUGCAUCGCAAUGUCCGGCAGAAAGGUGAACUAAAUAAAGUAUGCUACCUUGUCAGAGCUCAGUUGUUUGCUCUGGGAUGCACACCAGUGAAACCUCCAUGUGUGAUGAAUGCAGCAUGAGAGAACUACAGCAAGUCCUCACAGCUCACCAGCAACCCUUCACUCACAGUCUUCUCCGGGACACCUUUGCUCCCCCUGCACAGACGCAUACACACACACACUCUCUACUGUACAGUGUUGUAUCAUUGCAUAUUAAAUGUUAUUUUUUAAUAAAGUAGUAAUUGAG